AUGGAGAGCAACAUGUGGAUCUUUGCCACACUGGGUCUACUCCUUGGCUGGAUGAUGCCUUUUGACUCGGUGAGUUGAGCAUGUGGAAGUGGGUGUUUUAAAGAUCAAGGGAUCCCAUUGAGCAUGGUUGAAGAUUCAGUUGAUGACAUGUAUUUUGGCUGCAAUGACAAAAUGAUGACAAAAGUGAAGGACAGAUUCCUUGAAGAAGAAAAAUCUGUGAACAAUUUUGGAGAACACUGGAGUGCGGGAGAAUCUUGUGCAAAAGAUACAUUUGACAAGAGAGAGGAUAAGGCUCUAACCAGAGAUCACAUUAGGGCAAUCUGUGUUUACAUAGCUAACGAUGUGUACGGGGACUUUAAUACUGCAGUCCGGACAGAAGGGAGAAUCUAUCCCCUUCCCUUCCAUUUCAAAUACCGCUCUUUACAUUACCUGCUGACAUCUGCCAUACAGAUCUUGAAUAACAACGACUACUGUCACUCUACUUUCAGACGAACCAACGUUUUAUUUACUGGCAAAGUCAACCAAAUAAUUCGGUUUGGCUCCUUUACCUCAACAUCUUUCAGAUCAGACUUGAAGGUCUACGGUACUAAGACCUGCUUCAAAAUUAAGACCUGUUUAGGCGCAUCUCUGAAAAAAUAUUCAGCCAUUCCUACAGAGGAAGAGGUUCUCAUCCCUCCCUAUGAGACAUUCAAGAUAACUAAGAUAGGUCAAAGGGUCAAAGGUCUGGAGGAUUGUGAAGUUGUCUUUGUCUUGGAGAGUGCAGGGGUCAUGAGCUCUCUGAACUGCAAUGCUGUGCGUUUGAAAUGA